CUUUCACUGAGUGAUUAUAUCACUCUGGCAACGAUUGACUCAGUUAACACGGAAGUGCCAUGGUGGUAUCUUGGCUGCAAUAAGUGCAACAAAAAGGUUAACGGUGUUGAAAUAUUCCUAGAAGAGUUGUUGCAGUUGGUUGGUAAAAGGAUGGUGCUCAAGUGGGAAGUCUCGGGCUGGAAU